AUGGACGGGAAUGAUCCGGACGUUCGUAUCGAUCGGGUAGAGAAAAAGGGAACAAAAAGGCCACAGAUCGUCAUUGUACCAGCCGUUCGCCGGCAGUGGUCUGUCGCAUUCGACGGCGAUGACUCAUCGUCGCCGAGGUCGCAGCGUGUCGCUGCGGAACUCCUUGCGUUCGCUUAUCGCCCUCAUCGAAUCACUGCACUAACAUUGGCAUUUUCAUGCGAAACUGUUACUGUGUAA